CGAGCAAUCGCGCAAGGAUCUGCAGGGCAGUGCUCCCCUUUUCUCCAUGUAAAUGACCGCGCUGCUCAUAUUCUCAUGGCGGAGACCAAAAUCAUUUAUCACAUAGACGAGGAGGAGACUCCCUAUUUGGUGAAGCUCAGCAUUCCUCCCGAGAAAGUCACUUUGGCCGAUUUCAAAAAUGUCCUCAACAAUCGUCCAGUCAACAGCUACAAAUUCUUCUUCAAAUCCAUGGACCAGGAUUUCGGGGUUGUCAAGGAAGAGAUUUCUGAUGACAACGCCAAGCUGCCCUGCUUCAAUGGAAGAGUGGUGUCCUGGCUGGUCCUCAUGGAGAGUUCCCACUUGGAUGGGCUCUCCCUAUGCACCGACAGCCACGCGGAGCUGCCACCCCCGCUCGAGAGGACAGGGGGGAUCGGGGACUCCAGACCGCCCUCCUUCCAUGCCCACGCAGUGAGCAGCCGGGAUGGCCUGGACACGGAGACGGGCAGCGAGUCCCUCCUGAGCCACCGCAGAGAGCGCGAGCGAGAGAGAACCCGCAGAAGGAGAGAGGCAGAAUUCCCGCGGGUGAAUGGUCAUGCCAAAGGGGAGCGCCCAGCACGGGAUUCAGCCAUGGGCUGCGACAGCGCCUCCAUGAUGAGCAGUGAGCUGGAAUCCAGCUCCUUCGUUGACAGUGAGGAGGAGGACGCCAGCAGGCUCAGCAGUUCCACAGAGCAGAGCUCCUCGUCUCAGCUGAUGAGGAGACACAAGCGGCGGCGCAGGAGACAUAAAGUGGCCAAAGUUGAUCGGUCAUCUUCAUUCAGCAGCAUCACAGAUUCCACAAUGAGCCUCAAUAUCAUCACAGUCACACUCAACAUGGAGAAGUACAACUUCCUAGGAAUCAGUAUUGUGGGACAGAGUAACGACCGAGGGGAUGGGGGGAUCUACAUUGGCUCCAUCAUGAAGGGAGGGGCUGUUGCUGCGGAUGGUAGGAUUGAGCCAGGAGAUAUGCUACUACAGGUGAACGACGUGAACUUUGAGAACAUGAGCAAUGAUGAUGCUGUGAGGAUAUUACGAGAAAUCGUCUCCAAGCCCGGGCCCAUCAGUCUGACAGUGGCCAAGUGCUGGGAUCCAACACCUCGUAGCUACUUCACUAUCCCCCGAGCGGAGCCGGUGAGACCUAUCGACCCCGCAGCCUGGAUCUCUCAUACCACAGCACUGACCGGAUCCUACCCACAAUACGAGUUUGAAGACCUGCCGCUGUCUGUGAGCAAGACAGAUAUGGCAACCAUAGUGAAGGUGAUGCAGCUGCCCGAUUCUGGCUUGGAGAUCAGGGACCGCAUGUGGCUGAAGAUUACCAUUGCUAAUGCUGUUAUUGGUGCAGAUGUAGUGGACUGGCUCUACUCACGGGUGGAAGGCUUCAAGGACCGACGGGACGCUAGGAAGUAUGCCAGUAGCCUGUUAAAGCACGGCUACCUAAGGCACACCGUCAACAAGAUCACGUUUUCCGAGCAGUGCUACUACACCUUCGGGGACAUCUGUCAAAACAUGGCAUCCCUCAACCUGAAUGAGAGCUCCAGUGGUGGGGGCUCUGAGCAGGACACCUUGGCCCCUUUGCCUCCACCCGCAUCCAACCCUUGGCCCCUGGGAGGGCACCCCUAUCCAACAUACCCAACAGGGCCGUCCAGCUUCCCUCCAGGCUACUCGGACCCCUGCCACAGCUUCCACAGCGGCAGCGCAGGCAGUCAGCAUAGUGAGGGUAGCCGAAGCAGCGGUUCCCAUCCCAGCACAGGGAGACUCCACCACCACUCUUCACGGGAGAAGGACCGAAAAUCAACAGGAAGCGGGGGCAGCGAGUCAGAGACUGGCAGGCAGGACAGGAGACGGGGUGGGGAGCGUUCAGCCAGUCAGCUAAGCCGUCAUAGCCACGCCCACUCGUCCCAUAGCCACGCCCACUCGUCCCACAGCCACGCCCACUCAUCUCACAGCCACACGCAGUCAGUCUACAGCCGAGCCACUUCGCACAGAAGCCGUGUCCAUUCCCAGCGGAGUCGUUCCUCGUUCUCCUACAGCCUCGCCCCUUUCAAACAGUACAGCCAUGCCUCUUGUACGCACAGUGAGCGGAGCCACGCCUCUUCCUACGGCCCCCCUGGUCUUCCCCCUCCCUACAGCCUUGCUCGUCUUGCUCCCAAAGCAUCAGUGAGCAGUGGCCCUCCAGGGGCCCCCCCUGUACGCGAGCUAGCAACUGUCCCCCCAGAGCUAACUGCCAGCCGCCAGUCAUUCCAGCAUGCCAUGGGCAACCCCUGCGAGUUCUUUGUUGACAUCAUGUGACAGAAUUAUGCCUUUUCAGAGUGCAAAAGGCUCCGUCCAAACCAGUGCAUUUUUUUUCACCCUCAAACCUGGACGCUUUGUCAAUCUUGCCAUUGCCCGUGCUAAGGUGUCAAAUAACUGUAAGAAGUGUCCCAUUACCUGUGUGUCGCACUAAGACAUUAUACUACAUUUCAGCUUUUAUGGAUCCAAUGUAACAGAUACAAGUCAAUUUACAUACACAGAGAUUAAGGAACAGGACUGUAUCAGAAGUCCACUGAGAUCUGAGGUUCUCCUGACCAGCUGGGCAUAGACCAGUCCUUGGAUUUAGAGGCCUGUAGGCAGAGUUACACUUAACAUUAUGUGUAAAAGCACGUUAAUUACUUGCACGACACUAUUUCCUUGAGACACCUCAAAAAUAAAUUUAAGCAUGUUGCACAAGUCCAUUGCCAACCGUAGUCUGAUCCAGGACAAACACCAUAUACGUCAGGAUGAUUCUGGAUCAAGUAUAAGAUGGUGAACAAAGGCUCUCAUCAUCACUAAUGCGUCAGCACACAAGGAACUUCUAAAAUCCUCAGAUUUACCUUCAUCCUUGCUGUGGUCAAAUCUAAAGGUUAACCAGUGCUUUGAAAUCUUAAUUUCCAAAAUAAAUAUUUAAUGCACUAGUGAUACACAGUAUGAUACUAACAUGGUCAGUGCUAAAAUGUGAUGGUCCUGAGCAGCUUUGUAUCUCAUUUUAAAAAGGUCUUAUUAAUAUUUAUUUCAUCCAUCUUGCCUCACCACCCUCUUCUGUGACCCCCUCCUAUCCAUCCAUCCAUCCAUCCAUCCAUUUUCUAUCCCGCUUAUCCUAAUAGGGUCGCGGUGGCAGUGACCCUCUCCUACCCUUCUGUGAAGAAAAAAAAAAAUUGUGGCGCUUCUAAUUAUUUGAGCACUUUUUACAAUCACUUUGUCCUUUUAGUGUGAAACAUCAGCUUUCCUCUUUGAUCCUUUCGUCCUGUUACAGGACAAUAAAUUGUACAUAUGGCAUAGAUAUAUAUUGUAUAUGUAUAUAUGAGAAAUAAAUUUAUAUGUAUAAAGUUA